AUGUUUAUUAUUUUUGUUUUUACACGCAGGUAUGAUACAAGACAGACAUCUGCAAAAGUUCCGAAUCCACCGAGAUGGUGGUCUUCGCCAAUGGGAUUUGGUGACCGUGCAUACUUUCACACAGUCAACAAUGAACAACUACAGCGUGAACAAGAUACAGUAGAUAAUCUGACAGUGGAUAGAGCUAUGGCCACCGAUACUGGAAUAUAUAGAUGCAGAAUUGACUUCCUGCAAGCUCCCACCAGGAACAGACUAGUUAACCUAACAGUCAUAGUCGCUCCCGAACGACCAACCAUUUAUUUUGAAUAUGGAAAUUCUAUUGGAGGAGAUCGUCCAGAAAAUUACCAACAAAAUUCCGGAAAUGUGAUUGUUGUCGAUGAAGGCAGUCAAACUGUUACAUUGGUGUGCCGUGUGGUUGGAGGUAAAUAA